CUUAUAUAAAAUAAAUAAGCAGAGUGAGUAUUUUUUUUUCGUUGUAUUUACAACAUGUACGAGCGUUGUUGCUUAUUUAUGUUAGUUAAAUGUGGCGGGGAUGUUUUGAAAGUGCUUUAAAAGCCGCACCCAUGGAACAGGGAAGUAAGGCAUCCAUGUUUCGGAUGUUUGGUUAUUUAUAAGGAGACGCAUGGGGAUGUUUGUGUGCGGACAGUAGAAAGGCUUUAAGGCGGGACGGGGACAUUAAAUGUUCCGGUGUUUACAGGCAGACAACUGUGGGCUGAUAUGAGGUUUGUGAAGCGAACAAAGUCUGUGAAGAUUUCCCAGAAAUGCCGCCGAAGUUUCUGCGCUCCGGGGUGCUGCUCCGACUCCUCGUCCUGGCCGCUCUCAUCGCGCUUUCCCUCUAUGUUUUUGAGAAACGUAAUGUCGUCUCUUUACCACAAAAACCGUCCCGACUUCUACCGAAGGAGUUCUACAGGCAGAUCUCUCCCUUGACCUAUAAAUAUCUCCUCAACCAGCCUGACCUGUGCAACAACAGGAAUCCUUUUCUUGUUCUUAUGAUCCCUGUGUCAAUGCGCGACUCCGACUCCAGGACAGCCAUCAGAAAAACAUGGGGACAACCGAACCUGGUCCCACAUGUGGACAUUGCCAGGGUGUUCUUUGUCGGGAAACCGGGACAGCAUGAUCCACAACUUGAGGAGGACUUUAAGAAAGAGGGUAUGACCCACGGAGACAUUGUGCAGAUGGACUUUCUGGACACUUAUCACAACCUCACCAUCAAGACCAUGAUGAUCAUGAACUGGGUGGCCAACUUCUGCCGUUCUGCUGACUACGCCAUGAAGAUCGAUGCGGACAUCUUCCUCAACGUGCCUUAUCUUGUACAUUACCUCCAAACCAAGCCGAAGCAUAACUACAUCACCGGGUCAGUCAUCACUGAUGGCCGGCCUCGCAGGGAUCCAAACAGCAAGUGGCACCUUUCCGAGGAACUGUACCCGGAUAACGCGUUUCCACCGUACGUGUCUGGAGCUGGAUAUGUCUUUUCAGUCGACCUGGCCAAGAAGAUAUCUAUGGCCUCCAAGUUUGUGCGUCCAAUCCCACUGGAGGAUGUUUACGUUGGCUUGUGCCUACAUUUCUUAGGCAUACAGCCUGAGUUUGCGUGGACGCUCAUGCCUUACAGGAACCUGUUCGAGGUCUACCGUUUGCACUAUGACAGAUGCACCUUCGCAAAGCGCAUCAUAGUUACAGGUUUCACCCCCAAGAACCUCAUGGACAUUUGGACUGAUUUCAAGAGUGCUGCAACUUCUUGCUACUUCUCAAGUCUAGUGAUGCACUGAUUUAUGAAUGUAAAGCCUAACCAAAGACAUUUGCAAUGAUCUCUUAGUAAAAAGUGGCCUUUCUAAAAGUAUAUAGAGUUAAUUUGUUAACCACAAUAUUGAAACAUCAUGGAGAAUCACUGUGCUCUUAAGAGAAUAUCAGGAUAAGUUAUUAUUAGUAAAUGUUUAUGUGCCUUAUUAAAUAUAUAGUUAUUUAUACUGGA